GAUGUGCGCCCGCAGGAAAAUUGGCUUCUCAAGAUGGCGGCGGCCGGCCAGGCCUGGUCGCGGCCGCUAGACGUGGCCUGGACCCCCUCGUGUGGACCCCACUGGGCUGGAGAGGGUGGUUACAGCUUUUAUUCUCAGAGAUCCUAUGAGCAGGAAGCAAAGACUGCCCUGGGAGAAUGUUGGAGACCAUCACUCGGGCUCCGUAAACCUAAAUGUACCAGGAGAUUGACGUUGCCACAGAUCGAUUAAAGCAUCAGAUGGAUGGUGUGGAGGUUCAUCCCAGUCAGCUGUAUUCAUCAAUGCCAUAUUAUCAACAAUAUGAGAAUAAUCCACCAACUUUUCCAAACAAAUGCAACGGGUCAAUUCACACAACUUCAAAAUGUGAUGUCAAUUCUAAUUGCCUAGAUUACGAUGGUGCCUCUACUGCCCCUUACUCUUCCAGUGGUCUACCAAAUCCUGUCCACGUAUUGAACAGCACCAUGCCCACUUCGUAUUCCAGACCACCUACAUUCCCCAGUCAAGGGCAGCAUCUGAACUCUGGUUUUCAGCCAAUACUCCAGAGCUACCACCUACCACAGCCAGACAGUUCUCAAACACCAAGUCACAAACUAUACGGUCCUUUCAUCACUGGAGCAGGAGAGGGUACUGUUCAUUCAGACCCUGCAACUGCAGCUGAACCUAGCCGUCAAUCGGGAUCACUCGAGGAAUCAGGAAAUGGGAUGAAUCUGGAUCUAAUUCCCAAUCCGGUUCAGGUGGCAGAGAAUGAUAAGGAGUUGUGGGAGUCCCAGGUAUUCUGUACUAACACAAGAGGACAAUUACCUCCAUUGAGCACAACAAACUUCAGAGUGGAAGACCAAGGUUUUGCCAGCCCCAGGUUUAUCCGCUGUACGACAUACACUUUCCCCUGCAGUCCAGAGAUGGCCAAACUCUCCAAUCUUCCUCUUGCUGCUGUAGUCAAACCUCUCGCUACUCUACCAGAAGGAGAGGCUCCUGUGCAUUUGGUGGACUGUGGUGAAAGUGACCCCAUACAGUGUGAGAAAUGUGCAGCCUAUAUGUGCUCCAUGAUGCAGUUUCUGGACAAUGGGCACACGUUUCAGUGUCCAUUCUGUGAUCGUAUCUCACCAGUGCCGGAUAACUACUUUCACCCCAUUGACUACACUGGGAAACGGGCCGAUCGUCUUCAUAGGCCAGAGCUGUCCCUGGGCUCCUACGAGUUUGUGCUACCAGAACAGCAAAGCAAGAGUGGCCGAGUUCCAGGUUCCGUGGGAUUCAUUUUCAUGAUUGAUGUAUCGUACAAUGCGGUGAGGAGUGGCCUGCUUCACUUAGUCUGUGGCCAGUUGAAGAAAGUGGUCCAUAAUCUACCAAGGGAGCCCGGGGUUGAGGAGUCGGCUGUGAGAGUGGGAUUCCUAACGUACAACAAUGUUCUACAUUUCUACAACGUGAAAAGCUCUCUGGUUCAGCCACAGAUGAUAGUGAUGACUGACUUCUCCGAUAUGACAACACCGAUGUUUGAUGGAUUCCUGGUCAACGUGAAGGAUUCUGCUGCUCUUAUCAACAAUUUGCUGGAUAGGAUCCCAUUGCUGUUUGCAGACACUCCUGAAGCGGAUGUUCUGUUUGGCCCUGCAAUCCAGGCUGGGCUGGAAGCUCUGAAGGCUGCUGAAUGCUUUGGCAAACUCUUCAUAUUCCACAGCUCCCUGCCCACCGUGGCUGUACAGGGAACCCUGAGGAAUCGCAUCACUGGCAAGGAGCAGUCCUUGUUCCAGCCUCAGAGCAACUACUAUCAGAUACUGGCCAAGCAGUGCGUGCAGCAAGGCUGCUGUGUGGACCUCUUCCUCUUCUCCGACCAGCACGUGGACAUGUCCUCCCUGCUUCUGGUGACCUUCAAGACCGGAGGAAACCUCUACAACUACAGCAACUUCAAGGCUCAGGAAGAUGCGGAGAAGUUCCAGGGAGACAUCCAGAGGAACGUGGAGAAGGUGCUGGGGUUCAAGGCUGCCAUGAACGUUCACACAAGGAAAGGUAUCAGAGCGACCAAGUAUUAUGGCUCAUUUCACAUGAACUCGAGUGAGAUGGAACUGGCUGCUAUUGACAGCGACAAGACUCUUGUGGUGGAGUUCAAACAUUAUGGGAGACUGCAGGAGGAGGAUGGUGUGCCUAUACAGUUUGUGCUCCUGUACACAACAGUCCAUGGUCAACGCAGGCUCAGGAUCCACAACGUUGCUCUCAACUGCUCCAACCAGCUGACUGACACCUUCAGGACAUCACAGGCUGAAACCCUGUUGAACUACUUUGCCAAGUCAGCUUACCACAGGGUGCUUAGUCAUUCCAGCAAGACAGUGCGGGACGAACUGGUGAACCAGGUGACCCGGAUGUUGGCCUGCUACCGAAAGCACUGUGCCCAAGCUUCAGCCCACGGAGGCCAGAUGGUGAUGCCCCAGUUUCUUAAAGUCAUGCCCCUGUACGUGAAUUGCCUGCGGAAGAGUAAAGUGCUGCUUGAAGGGGCAGAUGCACCCAUUGAUGAGAGAGCAUACCUCAGGCAUGUGGUCAUGUCCAUGGAUAUUGCAGAGACCAAUGCCUUCUUCUACCCUUGCCUCUUGCCAAUACACGAUCUGAAUGGGAGCCAGGUGUCGCUGCCUCGAGCUGUGCGAUGUUCACGCAGGUGGCUGUCGGCCAGGGGCGUCUACCUGCUGGAGGAUGGUCUCCGCUUGCUGCUGUGGAUUGGGAUGGACACCCCCACUGAGUGGAUCCAGGAUGUAUUUGGCGUGCCCUCCUUCAGCGAGGUCAACUGCGGAGUGGGUUCUCUCCCAGUGCUGGCCAACGCACUCUCCCGGCAAAUCCGAAACGUCAUGGCCAGGGUGCGUAAGGAGAGGCCGAGAUUCCUCAAGUUGCUCAUCGUGAAACAGACGGAUGAUGCAGAGAGACAGUUCCUGCAGUAUCUGGUCGAAGACAAGAAUCCCAGUGGGGGAGCAUCAUAUGCAGACUUCCUCUCUCAUAUCCACGUCUCCAUCCAACGAUCUCUCCAAUAGCCCCCACCCACCCAACCUCAACCCUGUGUCCUCUCUUGCCUCCUUUUUAAAAAAAAAUCUAAAAUAAUUUAUUCAAUUGUUAUAAAAAAUAAACAGUGUAUGUACGUGACUGUA